AUGGCCAGCACCUGCCGCGACUUUUGGCUCUCGUACGAGCGCACCGACUUUGUACCGACGCUGCGCCGCAUCGACGCCGAGUUCCUCACGCCGUGGUACCGCGGCUACGGCCUCGCGCGCGUCCUGCGCUACAUUGACGCUUACGGCUACCGCGGCUUUUUCACGCUUCUGGUUGACGCUGUGCACGCGGGCCGACUCCCCGUGCUCAUGUUUCUCCACCACACGUACGGCAGCGGCUGCGACGUGCCGCACCUCGUCGACCUCGCGGCCUGCAGCGGCCACCUCGACGUGCUGUCUUUUCUGCACCAGAACGGGUACUCUGGCUGCAGUACGAGCGCCAUGGACGGAGCAGCCGCGCUCGGGCACGUGCACAUCGUUAAGUUCCUUCACGAGUACCGGCAAGAAGGCUGCAGCGUCCAAGCGCUCGAUUUCGCGGCGCAGAACGGCCACCUCGACGUCGUCACGUUUCUCAAGACGCACCGCAACGAAGGCGGGACACCUGGUGCGAUCGACUUCGCGGCGCAGAACGGCCACUUUGACGUCGCCGAUUAUUUAUCGCAGUUUGAAGCCCAGAAACCCUCCAAGCUCUGGAUGCGCUUCUACUGGGUACGGCCGGGCGAGAGUCUCUGGCGGCACCAGCUACUGCUUCUCGCGCUUCUUGUCACGUGCGUCUCGGCGCUCGGUGUCAUCAUGGCCUUUAGCCCGCUGCAAAUCAACGCCAUCUCUACGUCGGAGUCCGCUGCUUACAUCGAUAAUUCUAGCAUUAUCUUAUGA